AUGCGAGCCCUUCUGAUUCUGUCUCUUUUGCUGGGAGCGCAAAGCUCCCCUGUGCUCAGCGCCUCCACCAGCAACCAGUGGCUGAUCACGGCCAACACGUCCAUCUUCUGGCCCACGUCCACCGAUUACUUCUACGGGCCCACAGACGGUCCCGGGGCGUCGGUCGUGACUUGCAAUGCCGAGUGGAUUGAAUACGACGGUCGCUCCAGCGAGCUGAGAUCUCUGGGCCCGACGGCCACAACGACAUCCUUCGGCUCCUAUCCCAGCAGUUCCGGCGCCUGUCGCACCUCGACCUCUCUAGAAGACUGGUCUGACACACACACCGGUCCGCUGACGACUCUAUGCGACGGGUAUCCGCACGCCUUGGGCCCGCGCGAGACGGCCACGGGCUACUAUCCCGGCACGGGGCCCUGCAGCUCAUUCGACGUCCCCUACAGCGAAGAGAGCACGCUGUAUCGAUCCCCAUCCCCCAGUCCGACCUGCACGCUGCAGGAAGACGACUGCGUGGCCAUCUGGGAAACAUACAGUAGUCGCUCCAGCGUCUGGGCCGAGUCCGUCACCACGUCGAGCACCGGCGACACGCGCAGUCCCAUCCGGCCGUGGUCUUGCCCGACACCGGCGAGGAAGUAUCCCGAGGAAAACCCGUGUUCGGCCUGUCAUUUCCUGCCCGAUACGGCCACCGUCUUCUACUGGCCGGUCCAGACGGCCGGGGGCGAUCUAUGCCUGCAGAACGGCACCACGAUCGAGGCCACGCCCACGGCGCCUCCAGCCCCCAACACGGCGGUGAUCGACGGGCACACGCUGGAGUCGCCUAGCGUGUACAUCUCCUUCACCUCCAUCUACGCUUGGAGCAACCGACGAGCGCACCCAGGCCAUCAGUGCGGCGAAUAUCACUCGAACGAAUUGAUCGCAGUGCACCCGACCGACAUAGUCUCGAUCCGCAGACAUCGCAACGCCAAAUACCCCGUCAUCGGCACAGAGUAUCCCUUUAACUUCGCCGAAUUCGCGCCGCAGACGCUAGGCGAGUACACGCAGACGGUGGUGCCCUGGCCGCAGUACCGUGGCGGGUCGCAGUGUCCCCUGGGCGACGGAAACACCUGCACGAUAGUGCGCGAUGACUACAUGCCCUGGAUGGAGCUGCCCGAGGCGGUGCGACAGAUCGAUCCGUCGUGGAGCGUGUGUCAUCGCAGCUGGUACAUUCCGCCGGUGACCCUGGUACCUCUGAUCGACGGCACCGCUACCUGGACUCCGGCGCCGCCAGAGCCCACGGACUUUGUGGACUUGCAGAUGCAAGCCGUGCCUCAUUCGGUCGGGGCCGUGGCCACCCCGACGCCGACCAGCGAGAAAGGGUGGUAG